GCUGGAGGGCUGAGGAGGCGGCGCCGCCCGUUCUGUGCCCGCCAUGAGGCCUCAGCAGGCGCCGGUGUCCGGGAAGGUGUUCAUCCAGCGAGACUACAGCAGCGGCACUCGCUGCCAGUUCCAGACUAAGUUCCCGGCGGAGCUGGAGAACCGGAUUGAUAGACAGCAGUUUGAAGAAACAGUUCGAACUCUAAAUAACCUUUAUGCAGAAGCAGAGAAGCUUGGUGGCCAGUCGUAUCUUGAAGGCUGCUUGGCUUGUUUAACAGCAUAUACCAUCUUCUUGUGCAUGGAAACUCAUUACGAGAAGGUUCUAAAGAAAGUCUCCAAAUAUAUUCAAGAGCAGAACGAGAAGAUACAUGCUCCCCAAGGCCUCCUCCUGACAGAUCCCAUAGAGAGAGGACUUCGAGUUAUUGAAAUUACCAUUUAUGAAGACAGAAGCAUGAGCAGUGGAAGAUAAACCAUUGAAUUUAAGAUGCCACCUCCAGCUGAGGCCCUCAUCUAUCCACUGGCCAAUUGCAGGGUGUCCCCUACCUCCUCUCCAGAGCAUCAUUCCUUUGUAUCUGCUGCCAGAGCCAUGGUGCCAUUUACUCCAAGGACUAACUUUGUAAAAUUCCACACCCAGGGUAACGUGGUCAUUCAGCAUCCACUUUGUGUCUCCAAAUUGUGUAGGACUCUCUAAUAUUUUGAUUAGUUUCUGAGAAAACACAAUGAAGCAUUUCACUUUUUCUAUUCAAGAUCACUGAUAAAAUAUGCAGCUGGUCAGCCCAACACAAAACUUUAUUUCCUAUCUGCUAUUAGUACCAAGGACUCCUCAUUCCUUGGGCCAGCUUCCAUCCUCUAAACUUCCGCAAGUCAGAUCUUAAACCAGUAUUCAGUCAUACGCUUCAAAACUAACAAAAUAUUCUUCUCCAAGAUUUGUGUGACAAGUAGCUGUGUCUGGUUGUGUUAGUGCAUCUCCCAGAUUUCAGAUGAGAUCAGGUAUGUUUAGGAUGGUAUGGCCGUAGAUUUCUCCCAGAUUUCAAACAUUACUGUUGAUAAUUUUGCCAUGGCUUAAAUUUUACAGAUCUGUUUCUGUUGUUAAGUUUCUCCAACUGAAAUUCAUUGGAAAAAAAAAAAAAAGUGUAUCAUGUUAUUUUGUUUUAUUAUAGCAGUUUUCCUAAUUAAAAGUAUUUAAUGCAAUUCCAGUUAUUUUUCUUCUGAGAAUUUUGCUGUUGCAUUACCUUGAAUGUUGGGAAGAUGUGCUAUGCUUUGCUUGUUCAUUACAAAAAUAAGUAAGCACAAUAAAGUGGAUGGUAAACCAUCAAACUCCUAAAUGUCCCUCCUGUGUCCCUGAAUGUGUAAUAAGCAAGUAUAAUAAAUAUUUUAAUUAUAGUUUUGUUAUAAAUAUAACUUAUGAGAAAAAAAAUUGAUAGGAAUAAUACUAUAUACUGCUAAUUUUUAACUGUCCUCCCAGGCAAACCUUUUGAUUUUUAGACUUUCUUCCUAUACAGUAUUCAAUGCACAGAAAUCUUACCAAGUAUAAGUAAUUUCCAACUAAAACUGUCAAGUCUGAGUCAAUAUUUAUAGUUCUUUUGCCUAUGUGUUCUUAGUUUAGGGCUUCUUAUGCCUUGCGUUCAUCAUUGGGAUUUGAGAGCACUGUAUUUGGGAGAAAAGUUAAGAGAAAUGUAUUAGGAAAGAAUGAAGCAGUUAAAGGUUUUACUUUCAGAGAUACUGUAGGUGCUAAUAUUGGAUUCAGUCUUUCAAGUAUAAUUUCCACUAGCAGUCUAUUAUUCAUAAGUCCCAUAUGUUUGUGUAAUAUUUUAAUUGUAUAAACUUCGUUGUUACUUUAUGGCCUGUAUUUGUCUGUCUGCCUUUUAAACCCGUUGAAAUAACUUUGCUGAAAUAUUAACACAGUAAAUUUUUUCUUAAAAAAAAAAAG